GGCGCGGGGGGCGGCAGCGGGGGCUGGGGCUGUGAGCGCGGCCCGCGGGCCCCUCCGCCCGGCCCCUCCGCCCGGCCCGGCCCGGCCCGGCCCGGCCCGGCCAUGCAGAAGGGGAUGCGGCUGAACGACGGGCACGCCGUCCACCUGGCGCUGCUGGCCAAGAAGGAGGGCGCCCGGCGCGGCUACCUGAGCAAGCGGAGCUCGGACAACACCAAGUGGCACCCCAAGUGGUUCGCGCUGCUGCACAACGUGCUCUUCUACUUCGAGAGCGACUCCAGCUCCCGGCCGGCCGGCCUCUACCUGCUCGAGGGCUGCGUCUGCGACCGGGCGCCCUCGCCCAAGCCCAAGGACCCCCUCGAGAAGCAGCACUAUUUUACUGUUAAUUUCAACCACGAGAACCAGAAGUCCCUGGAGCUGAGGACAGAGGACUCCAAGGACUGUGACGAGUGGGUGUCUGCCAUCAGCCAUGCGAGUUACAGGACUCUGGCCACAGAGCACGAAGCGUUAACGCAGAAGUACCUCCAUUUACUUCAGAUUGUGGAAAGUGAGAAAACGGUUGCCAAGCAACUCCGGCAACAAAUCGAAGAUGGAGAAAUUGAGACAGAGCGCCUGAAAUCCGGGGAUUUAGCCUGUGGUUUGCCAGGAGAAGCGUCAUGGCAUGCAGAUCAAUCGAACAACUGCCCUAGCGAUGAUGACAGUGACAUCAAGAAGAUCAAGAAGGUGCAGAGCUUCCUGCGGGGGUGGCUGUGCAGGAGGAAAUGGAAGACCAUCAUCCAGGACUACAUCCGCUCCCCCCACGCGGACAGCAUGAGGAAGAGGAACCAGGUGGUCUUCAGCAUGCUGGAGGCCGAAGCGGAGUACGUGCAGCAGCUCCACAUCCUGGUGAACAACUUCCUGCGCCCGCUGAGGAUGGCGGCCAGCUCCAAAAAGCCACCCAUCACCCACGACGAUGUCAGCAGCAUUUUUCUGAACAGUGAAACGAUUAUGUUUCUGCACCAGAUCUUCUACCAGGGCUUGAAAGCGCGGAUCUCCAGCUGGCCCACCUUGGUGCUGGCUGACCUCUUUGAUAUCCUGCUGCCCAUGCUCAACAUCUACCAGGAGUUUGUCCGGAACCACCAAUACAGCCUGCAGAUUCUUGCCCACUGCAAGCAGAACCGGGAUUUCGACAAGCUCCUGAAACACUACGAGGCCAAGCCGGACUGCGAGGAGAGGACGCUGGAGACCUUCCUGACCUACCCCAUGUUCCAGAUCCCCCGGUACAUCUUGACGCUGCACGAGCUCUUGGCCCACACCCCCCACGAGCACGUCGAGAGGAACAGCCUAGAUUACGCCAAGUCCAAGUUGGAGGAGCUCUCCAGGAUAAUGCACGAUGAAGUGAGUGAGACGGAAAACAUACGGAAGAACUUGGCAAUUGAGCGGAUGAUUAUCGAAGGAUGCGAAAUCCUCCUGGACACCAGCCAGACAUUUGUAAGACAAGGCUCCCUCAUCCAGGUGCCCAUGUCCGAGAAGGGGAAGAUCACCCGGGGGCGCCUGGGCUCCCUCUCACUGCGGAAGGAGGGGGACCGCCAGUGCUUCCUCUUCUCCAAGCACCUGAUCAUCUGCACCAGAGGCUCUGGGGGGAAGCUGCACCUGACGAAGAAUGGGGGCGUCAUCUCCCUCAUCGAUUGCACUCUGGUGGAAGACACUGAGAGCGCCGAGGAGGAGGCAAAAGGAUCUGGACAAGACAUUGACCACCUGGACUUCAAGAUCGUGGUGGAGCCCAAGGACGGCCCAUCCUACACCGUGAUCCUCGUGGCAUCCUCCCGGCAAGAAAAGGCUGCGUGGACCAGCGACAUCAGCCAGUGCGUGGACAACAUUCGAUGCAAUGGCCUCAUGAUGAACGCCUUUGAGGAAAAUUCAAAAGUCACUGUCCCCCAGAUGAUCAAGUCUGACACCAGCCUGUACUGUGACGACGUUGACAUCCGGUUCAGCAAGACCAUGAACUCCUGCAAGGUCCUCCAGAUCCGCUACGCCAGCGUGGAGCGGCUGUUGGAGAGGCUGACAGACCUGCGGUUCCUCAGCAUAGACUUCCUGAACACCUUCCUGCACUCUUACCGGGUCUUCACCUCUGCCCUGACUGUCUUGGACAAGCUGAUCACCAUCUACAAGAAGCCAAUCAGUGCGAUCCCUGCCAGGUCCCUGGAGCUCUUGUUUGCCAGCAGCCAGAACACCAAGCUCCUCUAUGGGGAGCCCCCCAAGUCUCCGCGUGCCAACCGCAAGUUCUCCUCUCCGCCCCCCCUCUCCAUCACCAAGUCGUCCUCGCCCGGCAGGAGGAGGAAGCUGUCCCUCAACAUCCCCAUCAUCACUGGGGGGAAGGCCUUAGACCUGGCUGCCCUCAGCUGUGCCUCCAACGGCUAUGCCAGCAUGUACUCCUCCAUGUCCCCCUUCAGCAAGACCACCCUGGACAUCAACAAGCUCUACGUGUCCGGCAACUAUCCCAGCAAGCUGCCGGACGAGGGGGAGGGGCCUGCCGAGAAGCCCGAGGAUUCUUUUCAGAACAAGACUGGUGCGGAGGCGUCUGUCCGAGAGGAGUCGGAUACGGAUCAGAACCAGAGCGAUGAAGCCGAAGCGGAGAUGUCCCCCAUCAAAUCCCCCACCACCCCCAAACUGGUCAGAGGCAAAAACAGCUCAGAAUUCCCCCUGUUCUCGUACAACAAUGGAGUCGUGAUGACCUCUUGCCGGGAACUGGAGAACAGCCGCAACGCCCUCUCCGCGACUUCUGCUUUCGCCAUCGCAACUGCUGGGGCCAACGAGGGCACCCCAACCAAAGAGAAGUACAGGCGGAUGUCACUAGCAAGUGCAGGCUUCCCUCCCGACCAGAGGAACGGGGACAAGGAGUUUGUGAUCCGCAGGGCUGCCACCAACAGGGUCCUGAACGUCCUCCGGCACUGGGUCUCCAAACACUCCCAGGAUUUUGAAACCAACGAGGAGCUGAAAUGCAAAGUGAUCAGCUUUCUGGAGGAGGUGAUCCAUGACCCGGAGCUCCUGACUCAAGAGAGAAAAGCAGCCGCCAACAUCAUCAGGACUCUGACCCAGGAGGACCCUGGAGACAAUCAGAUCACGCUGGAAGAGAUUGUGCAGAUGGCAGAGGGGGUCCCAGCAGAACCUUUUGAAAACCACUCAGCUUUGGAGAUUGCUGAGCAGCUCACCUUGCUCGACCACCUGGUCUUCAAGAAGAUCCCCUAUGAAGAAUUUUUUGGACAAGGGUGGAUGAAGUUCGAAAAGAACGAGCGGACUCCAUACAUUAUGAAGAACACCAAGCACUUCAAUGACAUCAGCAACCUGAUUGCGUCUGAAAUCCUCCACAACGAGGACAUCACUGCGAGGGUCAGCACCCUGGAGAAAUGGGUGGCCGUGGCCGACAUCUGCCGGUGCCUGCACAACUACAACGCUGUCCUGGAGAUCACCUCCGCCUUCAACCGCAGCUCCAUCUUCCGCUUGAAGAAGACCUGGAUGAAGGUGUCCAAGCAGACAAAAGCCUUGAUUGACAAGCUGCAGCGACUGGUGUCUUCAGAGGGUCGGUUUAAGAAUCUGAGGGAAGCCCUGAAAAAUUGUGACCCGCCCUGCGUCCCUUACCUUGGCAUGUAUCUAACAGACUUGGCAUUCAUUGAGGAAGGCACGCCUAAUUAUACUGAAGACGGCCUGGUGAAUUUCUCCAAAAUGAGGAUGAUCUCCCACAUCAUCCGAGAAAUCAGACAGUUUCAGCAAACGGCCUACAAAAUAGAGCAUCAGGCCAAGGUCACCCAGUACCUGCUGGAUCAGUCCCUCGUAAUGGACGAGGAGGCGCUGUACGAGGCAUCCCUCCAGAUAGAGCCCAAACUGCCCACUUGAGCCCAGGCUUUCGGAUCUUCCCGCACUCCUUGCACCACUGUUGUACAUAGCCACUGUUUGCUCUUUGGAAACCCCCUCGACCGAGUCCCCACUAUGUGCUUCUCCCAAGUUGGAAAGGAACAAGAACAGAGCCCCUUUAAGGCCCCCUCCCUUUUUGGUCUUGGAAGGAGACUGGCCGUCCCUGCGCUUCCCUGAGGAGUCUGGCGUAGCCCACUUUGUCGAUUGCAGUCCUGGUUUAUAUUAAGCAAUGUUCUCUUUGUCAUUGAUUCUUUGUGUGUUGGGGGGGAGGGAUCGGGGUGGCAGGAGGAAACCCCCACGACUAGUGCACCUGGCACAUUGCAUCAUGCUCCUCUUCUGACGGAGGAAUUGUGGCUUCUCUUGGGCUUUGCAAUCUGAACAUUUUGUCGAAAAUACAACCAGCACACCUGUCCCAAGUCGAGCAAUUUGCUGCAUGAGCCCAACACCACCCAUUAUUAUUUUUUUAAAAACCCAGCAAAUUUGGGAAGAAACAACCCGGGCUGCUCACUCUUUCCCUCUGCAAGGAGCCUGUGACGGCUGACAUCAGGGAGGCAGGAGAGGACCCUCCCCGUGCAUGCGGAUGGCCGGCCUGCGGGGGGCUUGAAGGCGGCCCUCGGGCUCCACGGUCUCUUGUGGGCCAGCUCCCUUCAUUGCUGAAAGCAGGGGUGACAAACGGCAGGGAGGGAGAUUUUGGGUCCAGAGCGGGAAGGAACCAGAUGUUCGACCCAAGGCAGAUGCGCCCUUCGUUGCGCUUUUAUGGAAGACCCUGCCUGCUGUCAGUGCGUGGGGGUGGGUGGGUGGCAGCUGCACUUGGGAUGCAGUCCCAGACACCCUGCAAGGCCACCAGCCGGCCCUGAGGGGAGACAGCCCGUCUCUCUGGAUAUGUUUCCACUGCAUCAUGUCCCUGGGCAGCUUCUGUCAACCUGCUCCGUCUGUAACCUAGUGACACUUCUUAGUAAUAUAAUGUAGAAUUAGAGGGGGUGGGGGGGAGAAUGUUUUUAUUACAUAUACUGUAAUCCUGACUAGCCGCUCGUUAGCAGGAAUAUAGUAAUGUAGUGCUUAUUCUGUGAAUAUUAUCAUGUAUUUUUUACAUUGUACAGUAUAUAGACCCCGGAGAACUCUCCAGUGGCAGGCAGGCAGGCAGGCAGGCAGGCAGGCAGGCAGGCAGGCAGGCAGGCAGGCAGGCAGGCAGGCAGGCAGGCAGGCAGGCAGGCAGGCAGGCAGGCGCAGGCAC